UUGGCCCAAACCAAAACAUAAUCAGGUGGUGUUCUAUCGUUGACCUGUCAAAACGUUAAAGCAAGUGGAUACAUAUGGAAUAUCACUGAAAUUGACUAUUUUUAUACCGAUAAUGCUUGAAAGGAGGUAAAAGAAAAUGACGUUGAACUAUACUGUUUCAUUGAUGCGUUUAUAUUAAUACAUGAUGAGACCAAAAUUGCAGUCUAAUGUGCAGACUGCCAUCCUCGGCCAUCAAAAUGGCCUCUGAAUCUCUCGUGGUUACAGCAGGAGCUGGCCGACCUCGAGAUCAAGAUUGCUUCACGAAACAAUUAUCAUAGGCCGAGGAUGGAGAUCAUUGGAGAAUUCGAGUACAACAAGAAGGAUCUAAUCGGUCAUGGGGCUUUUGCCGUGGUCUUUAAAGGCCGUAGUCGGAAGAAACCGCCGACUACAGUAGCCAUUAAAAGUAUCACCAAGAAGAACCUGGCCAAAUCUCAGAACCUUCUCAGCAAAGAGAUCAAGAUACUCAAAGAGCUAUCAGACCUUCAUCAUGGCAAUGUCGUGGCUCUAUUGGAUUGUAAGGAAACAACCAAUCAUGUUUACCUGGUUAUGGAGUACUGCAAUGGCGGAGAUCUUGCUGAUUUUUUGCAAGCAAAGGGAACGUUGAGUGAAAACACAAUUUCCCAAUUCCUGAGGCAAAUAGCUGCUGCUAUGAGGGCCUUACACGGCAAAGGAAUUGUACAUCGAGAUUUGAAACCACAGAACAUCUUACUCCAAAAUCCUCCUGGCAAAACCAAUCCCUCACCGUGUGAGAUGAUUCUCAAGAUUGCUGACUUCGGAUUUGCUAGAUUUCUGAAUGAUGGCGUGAUGGCAGCAACUCUGUGUGGCUCUCCAAUGUAUAUGGCUCCUGAGGUGAUAAUGUCGAUGCAGUACGAUGCCAAGGCAGACCUGUGGAGUAUAGGGACCAUAGUGUUCCAGUGUCUGACAGGGAAAGCUCCGUUCCAGGCACAGACUCCACAACAACUCAAACACUUCUAUGAAAAACAUGCAGAACUUAAACCUAAUGUUCCUAAAGACACAUCAUCGGGACUGAAGGACCUGUUGCUUAGAAUGCUCAAAAGGAAUGCUCGAGACAGAAUUGCUUUUGAGGACUUCUUUAUUCAUCCUUUCCUGAACCCACCACCAGCAAUAAAGGCCUCUUCUCCAGUACCGGUUCCCAGUCGAUCUAGUCAUGGUUUCUCGGUGGGGAGCCCCACUCCUCCUAGUCACUUGUCUGCCUCCCCCCUGUCUGGACGGGCAGAGUUCUCCCCGCCCCCUCGCCGUCCCCCACCGCCUCCUCCACCAACACUUACACCUCUACCCUCACCCCCUUCGGUUCCCUCACCUGUCAGGAUUACGCCUCCAAAGCCUCUCCAAGUCAUCAAGCGAGAGGAAGCAGAAGCUUUUCAUGGCUCAUCACAAGAAGUGGCUGGUUUCCUGAAGGUGGAGAAGGACGGACAGACACCCAGAAGUAACAGCCCUACGGAGGACUUUGUGAUGGUACCCGUGAGUUUACCAUGUGGAAACUUACAAGGUAGUGCAGAAAAAACGACCAAGAUUCCGACACCAGAAGAAAUAUCUGUGAAAGCUGUAGAACCCCCGCCCCUGUCCUUUGCUGCAGUGAAGGUGAGCCCCACCUCUGGGGCCGUGGCCUUUAGUAAGAAGUCUCCUGACGAGGCCACCAGUCCCAGCCGCCCGUCCACCCUUCCCAUGCAGACUGAUUCUCCCCCAACCACCAAACCCCACUCCUCACAACCUAUCCCUGUUCCUGGUCAGGUACAGGCCUACCACAGGAUUUCUGCAGGCUCACCGUCAAGUCCUCGUAAAAACAGCAUGGACAUUUCUCCGACAUGCUCCAGUUCAGGUUCCAACAAGGACUCGACAGAAAAGAAAGAGAUAAAGACAUCACUGCCAACUGUGGAGGCCAAGCUAUGUGGCCCUGACAUAGGGUCACUCUCUCCACCCGCAGUGAAAUUUUCCAUCGGGACUCCCCCGAGCACUGGGCAAUGGAAGAGAGGGAGUCUUGGUUCCACUCCCUCUCGCUACAGCACCACGCCUCCUAGUGUCACCAACUCACCUCAUCGAAGAUCAGGGAGCAGUUCACCUCAGUUCCCUUUGGUGGCCCCCAUGUCGUUACCUGCCAUUAUCGGAUCCCCACCCAAGUUGGGUAAGAUUAACCGUGUAAGCCCAGAUGGUGUGGACUCCCUACCAGUCAAUGCACCCUUUGGAUCGUCAAGACCCAAAACUGUACCAGACGACUUGGCCACCAUACCAUAUAAGAGCCCAGCACAAGUUACAGCAGCGAUUCCUACAGUGCGACGCAAUUUACUAGAACAGGGACGUUCCUCCACGGACCCCAGUGUAUUAUGUAACCUGGAAGGAGGCAGUCUGUUGUCAGAACAGCUCGUCAGAGCUGCAUUUGGAACACCACCGCAGCCCUUCAACAACCAGGGGUCAGUGGUGCCCUUCAGCAGUGGGGGCUGGCGGGGCAGUAAGGAGAAGGUUAGCUCCCUGGGAUCCCCUGGGAGUGACAAAUCUCUACCCUCCGACACUGACAAGUCGACGACCUAUGUGAGACGUAACGCGGAACCUUCACCCCCUCCCUCAGUCAUAUUUGCACAGUCCCCCUCAAACAUGGAGGGACCUGUGGCGUUUGUAGCUCCAGGACUAGCGGAGGAGACUCUAAUGGAUGACAAUCACAACGAGACGAUGGCGAAGCUUAGCUUUGUUCUGGACCUGGUGGAGUGUAUUGUAGAGCUGGCACAGACCAGGGGUGCUCCUCUCCAGGGCUUCACCGAAUCUGUCAACCUCAAACAGGGAGAGACACUGCCAUCAGAACACAUGCCAAAGUUUACAGAAGCACAGAGGCGGCUCGAACAGUUGGUGCUGUAUGUGAGGUCACUACAUCUUCUGUCCUCCUCCCUCCAGUUGGCACGAAAGGAAAUUAAGGAGGAGCGGUUACAGAUUUCCACGUCUCUCAGAAACGUUUUGCGCCAGAUGAACGAAUCGUAUCACCGAUGUGUGAAUAUGUGUAAACAGAUCCAACACAGACUCGGUGCCGGCAUUCAGAACACUCUCACCCCUCAGAUAGCUGUGGCCACUGCUGAUAAACUCAUCUACAACUAUGCUAUAGAAAUGUGUCAGAAUGCUGCUUUAGACGAGCUGUUUGGGAAUCCAAAUGAGUGCUUCAGGCGGUACCAGACAGCACACCUACUUCUCCACAGUCUAUCUCAACAGGCUCAAAACACGCGCGACAAACAGCUCCUCAACAAAUACAAAGAUGCAGUUGAAAGGAGACUUGCCAACGUACAUACAGCGCCCCAAGCUUUUAUCCCACCCUUCGAGACCGUCAGCUGAUGAAAGAUGUCUCGAUGAUUUCCUACUCUCCCCUACAAAGCUUUUGUCCUUUGUUUGAGCCGUUGACCUGGAUAUAUUCAGUGUAGAGUUUUGUGUUCAAUUACGAGUUUUAUUUAUUUAUUUGAAUUUUUCGAAGAUGUUUCUGAUUAGUCAGAUAUGGAAGUGUGAUUUAUCAUGUGAAGAUGGUUGUGGAAGGGAGCACAAUAAUUCCCUCAAAUAGCACAUGGUCAAGGACAUGGAAAACAGUGACGGUCAAGGAGAGAGGAUUGUAUAAGGAAGUCUAAUUAAAAUGCAGAAUAUAUAAAUAUUUUGGAAAAAAACUAUGAAGUUUUUAGUCGGGACAAUGUGAAUGCAGAAGGUUGUAUUCUAUGCACUCGCUCAUUUGAAAAGAAAAGGUGACUCUGGUAUCUGUUUCUUCUACCUGAUACUCAUAGGGACAACCUAAUCAGGUAUUGCUUUGAAGUGUAUCAGUUUAUUAUUGUGCUUUCUGACGUGUAGUUCUGAGCUUCGUGUAUAAUAGAGGUAUUUGACGAACUCGCGACAGACUUUGUGUACUUGGACUAUGUGCAUCAUAUAUUUUUUUCACUGCACAGAAAAAAAAUCAGUUUACAAGGACACUUGAAAUAUUGAUAAUAUCCUAGCAGGUGCUUGAGAUCGGUGUUCCUAGGAUCACUAGAGUUACAAGUAUUGCGACACAUACACAAAUCUCAGGGAUGGAGUGUGGUAGGCGAGAAACUUUACAGUGAAAAGAUUUCAACAAGAAAAUAUCUGUUAAUGGUCUAUAUAUAGAAAAAAAAGACUUUAAACAAUAACAGUGAAAGGGUUUGAAGUAAAAAUAAACAGACUUUCAGAUAAACUGGAAUCCUGGUGCGGACAAAGUAAUCUUGAAAAAUACACAAAUACAUAAGCACUCUCAUCCUUCUGCAAACUGGAGUUUACGAAAAUACCAAAGACUAACUAAAAUCCUUGAUUUAGACAGGUAUGAACAAUUUUCACUUUUCAGUACAUUGCAUAUGGUAGUUUCAUUGUUAAUUUGCCUUGAGUUUUUCUCUUAAAGAAAUUAAUUUCAUCUUUCAUCAGUUCAUUAUAUAAAGUGGUGGUUUUUGGGGACACAUCAGUUAAAGUGUUUUUUUCUCUCUCACAUCUAACAGUUUUAUAAUUAUGGGGAAACAAAACUUACAUGACUCUUUCAUCGACAUAUUUAUUGUACGAUAAGUGCCAAGGUGAUUAGCAGCUUGCCUACACAACCGACAUCAGAGCUAGCAGUUUGGUUUUCGUUGACGAUUAUGUAUGUAUUUAUUCUGUAUUCCACAUUUAGAUCCUUGAUAGCAUUAAAAUCAUUUCUCACUUGUAAAUAACUGUAAAUAUCCUUAAUAUUAUAAUAUUUAUUAAUGAUAAAAAUUAUUGAUAAUUCUGAUGUAGAUGUUGCAGGUAACAAUGAUUAUGGGACACAUUAUUUGUUGACAUGCAAGCUAUGAACAUCGCAUCUCUGUCUCGAUUCAAAUCCAGUGAUUGGAUGGACUACAAUGUGAUAGACAUGCAUACUGCAGACUGACAAGGGAGAUAAUAAGAUGUGAUAACAAAAAAUAUGUAGUUUGUCCAGCUUCGCUUUUACAGUGUAAAUAACCAGCCGUGUACCAUUUCCUUAUUUUGUUAUUUUAUUCAUCUGAAGUGUUUUAGUUAUUUUUUUUCCUGUUAUUAGCUAUUCCAAUCGAAAUUCCAGGUAUAGAAUAUGUUUUUACCUCAAGAGUUUCAUCUCUUAUCAUACAAAUAUUUAGCACAAUCCAAGUGUUGACAGAUAUAAAUAAUUUUAUGCGAAGAAAGAAUUGUGAAUCUCCAGAAUGGUAUUUUAUUUCUUUUUCUUGCAUUAUGAAUGACUUGUUUUGGUUUUUAAAUAUUGGACUUUUUUUCAAUGUCAAGAAAUGUGACUUGAUAUGACAAUGAUAUUAUGAUUUCUACGUAUACACGACAGAGAGAUUUGCGUGUGGUAUUUUCCUUGUAUAUUCAGUGUACACCUUGUAGCAUGUUAUGUAUUACAGGUUGUGUUACGUGGUAAUGAAAUGUGUUCACAUAAAAACCAGCACACAUUAUUCUUGACCCUCCAGUCCCCAAGAACACCGUUAGGCAAGGCUAUCCCAUAUAUAUCGGACAAGAGCCAAGUUAUGUCUAUUUAUGCGGAGGAUGCCCAGCUAGUCGGGUAUGACAGGGUAUAGACUAGCAGGUACAAGGCCAGGCCAAGUUAUAAGUGUGUUUGUAGUACAUACCGUAGUCUUUCAGUUUGAUUUUGGUAUGUGAUGCUUCUCCGAGUCUGUACCCGUCAUACAGUAAUAUUAGUGUGUUUUUAGUUUGUCUUGUUUGUUUAACUUACGUAAUGUUGUUAAGCCUCAGUGUGAUCUGUGUUGGGAAAGACCUGUUUUCACAUGGCAUGUGAGCUUGUUCUUUUAAGUUAUUGCAAUAUAAAUUAAUUAUUGUGGUAAAGUGGUAUUGUCUUGCCGGAUGAAAAUGCAUUUCAUAUCAUUGGUUUUUAGCUAGAUUGUUUUUGCUUCAGUAUUUUAUUGCAUAUUGGCCAUAUAUGUACAUGUUAUGUCGACAGAUUUUGAGUUUGUAUUUUAUCAAGAGUUUAUUGGAUCAUGUUGAUAGCAAUAUAUACAGUUAGGUAACCAGAUAGGGUGGGGGGGGGGGCUUACUCCAAAGUUAGUCAGUAGAAUAUGUGCCGUAAAGUUAAUUCGUUUGUUUUCUCAGUUGUUCCUAUUUUGAAUGAAAUAUUCAACCAGUUGUCACAAUUCUUGACUUUUAUUACACUGCAAGUCAUCCCAGGAAAACAAAAAAUAUCUCACAAAAACUGAAUUUUUAAAACGUCUACAAGUUUUAAAAAAUAUGACCAUGACAACAGUUAUGCACAAGGAAAUGGGAGUUUGGACAAUUCUUUGUCAGUGUAAAAAUUAUUCUCAUAUAAAAAAGUACAAAUUUCUUUAUAAUUCCCCUAUAUGACUCUGCAGCAGUUAAAGAAUUUUUUGAAAAGGUAUUAGAAUACAGUUUAUUUCAUUCACAGUCUCAUAAACUGAGAAACUUGAUUAAGUCAAACAAGACCACUGUUAUAAAUGUGAUUGUCUAGUGAUGAAAGCCCUUUCAGGACAUUGAUCUUUUCUGGGAUAAUCAAUUGGUUUCCAUAAUCAAUUCAAUUUAUAUCCGAUUCUUAUCAUUAUUGAAAUACUAUAAAUGUAUGUCUCAAACAUUACCUCAGUACUAAAAAAUGUUCUGGAAUACUGUCUGGAACAAAUUUACCCUUGAUUGUCAUGUUAGUAAUAGUUUGAAAAUAACUACCGUGCACCAGUUAUAUUUCAAAAUUAACUAUACCAGUUAUAUUUUGAAAAUAAUCAUGCCAGUUAUAUUUUAAAAUUAACUACCGUCAUUCCAGUUAGUUUUUUUAUAUUAACUAUGCCAGUUAUAUUUUGAAAAUAACUUUACCAGAGGGUAAGAUAUAGUUCUUAGCUAGAACAUUGUAAUGGAAUUCCGAGAUCCAAAAUGGAUCAGAUAAAAAGUGCUAAAGAGUUUAAAAGUGAUAUUAGAAUAAUAUAAUAUAUAGAUUUUGAAACUAGAUAUAUAUCGGACUUGUAUUCAACAGAAUUUACAAAGUGCAAUUUACUCCUUUGAGAGAUUUAGAAGUAGUAGUAUUUCACUUUCCACUCAUAUUUCCGAGCUCUGUUAAUAUGUGAAGACACGAUAGAUUUUUUUUUUGUAUUUUCUGACAAAAUCAGUUUUUAAAUGUACAAUACAUUGUUACAUCUUUGUGAAUUUUACCAUAUUUGCAGGGUUUCUUUUUCAGUGUUUUUUUUUACUUUUCUUGCUAUCACAUUUCUGCUUAUUUCUAAUCUCUGUAGUUUAGUUGAUGUGCUAUGCCUUUCUGAGGUACUUCCAUUCGUAUAUUAUCACUAAUUAUUGUAAUGUUUGGACCUGCUGGUCCUCACCUGUACAUAUUAUACCUAUUUAUCAUGCUAAGAAGCCUAUAUGGCUGGUACCAUUGUGAUUUUUAACAAGUUGUUAUUCUUGUGGUUUGAAUAUGUUACUACUAUCAUGUGCCAAUAUGAUGUUGAACCCAUUUUGAUUUUCAAGUAAUCAGUUUUCAUGGAAACUUACUGUAACUGACAGCUAAAAGGAUAGAUUUAUUUCAAUGUAUCAUCGAAAUAAAUUUGAUAAAGUUGCGCAAUUGAUUUGACUUUAAAGUAAGAAGUGAAGUGAAUACUGUGUUAUAUACGGAAUGAUUUUUAAAGCGGGUCCAAUGUCAUUGUGGUAAACAUAGCUCGUGGCUUUGUCGUAGUAAUUACAUUGUUGUAUUUAUGAAAAAGAGGCAAGCAAUAUAGUCUUUGUAAAAAGAGCCUCGUCAUUUAUGUUGUUGUCGGCGAGAGGAGUGUUAGGGAGCGAGACGCGCAAAACUGAUUAAAAAAACAACAGAAAUCUGUUUGAGUGAUGAAUGUGUGAGUUGAUUUUCCUGAUCAGUCAUUAGUGUGUUUUGUAUUUCAAACUAUGGCACACAAAUAAUGAAGGGACUUCAUAUUUCUUCAUUUUGUGCAAAUUUUGAAAGAAAAAAUAUAUAGCUAUAUCAUAUUAGCUGAUAGUUUGGCAAAUCAUCUUGAUUGUGCAGAAAUAAAUUCCAAUAUUAAAUUAAAUCAUGGCAUAUUUUGAUUAAAAUUCCACUUGUGAUAAUACGUAAGUUGAGAUAGGUCAUAGUGUGUCGAACUGUGAUGGCUGUCAGAAAAAGAUCACUGGUGGCUUGGAGCUGAAGGUGUGGGGCUUAUAAAACAGUACGACCUCUGUUCAGAUCGUUAUAUAUACUACAAAUGAACCACCAAAGUUUCUUAUCUGUAAAUUUCAUAUGUUCUGAACAAAUUUUUGUUUUAUUUUUCACACAAAUCACUCUCCUUUUAAAAUACUGUCGCUCAUUGAAACUGUUAACAGUGCUUAACCAGUAUGAUAAGAUGCCUAAAACAGGCAUCUUUUACUGCAAAAAAAGAGCAGAAUUUAGAUUCAUUCUAAAUUCUAACGGUACAAUGUUGGUAUAUUUCACUGGAGAGUGCUCCAGUACCCAUUAACUUUCAUUUGAACUUUCUACCCAUUUUUGUCAAUACUUGUGAAAAUCAUUCAUUGUGACUUUUCUGCAGGCCAGUACUAUUCUAUCAUUGACAUCAAUGAUGACUAGGUCAAGACACAUCAUUUACAAUUAUAGAACCAAUGUUUGAUAUAUUCCAUUGACCUUUCAUACAGCAAAUAUGACUUGUACAUUUUUUUUGCAUUUUCCUUUUGAUGCUUGAUCUCGAGUUAAAUAAUUGAUUUAGAAUUUUUUCAAAAUGACUUAAUUUUUGUAUCACUGAUGUAUAUAAUAUCUCAAACAUUCAUAAAUUCAUUUGGAGAACAAAAUUAUCACUUUAAUAUUCUGCGAGUGUCAUUUCAUGAGUGCUUCACAACGUUUUCAUAAAAGUAUAUACCUUAUCAUACAGAAUUAUCACACCUGGUGGAAACCAUUGAUAGAAUCAUCUAUAUUGAUUUAAUUUGCAGUGGCAUUGAAGUCCAACUAGUUUUGUUUCACAAUUAUAAUUUGUUUGAAUUGAAGGGAAAUAACUCUUGUGAGCCCAAGUUUUUUCUACAGUCGAUAUUUAAGUUUUACUGAUACUGCCUACUGGAACGUGAAACUAGCCAUGUGUUGUACUCUGCACAUAUACCCAUGUGUUCCAGUAGCCUAGUAAAUUGAGGGUAACCUCAGUAUCGUCCACAGAAUUAAUCUAAGUCUGUGGUAUGACAGAACACUAGAGUGAGUUAUUCACCAAUCUCCUAUGCCAGUAAGGUGAUGGGUGGUAGACAGGUUCUACACAGUGGUAACAUGUCAACAGUUAAGUCAUUGACAGUUGAAGUAUUGUUGACUUCACGUUUAAGGUAUUCAAAUGAAAUGUUAUGUGAGAAUGGUAUAUGAUAUGAGUGAAUUAUAUAUAAUUUCAGAUGAAGUCUAACAUUGUACUUGAGCUAUAUUGAGUACAGUGAUAAUAUAUAUAGGUAAAAAGAACACUUUUGUAUCAUUAAGACCUGUCAAUACAUAGCAUGUAUGUAUCCAGACAGUUUUGUUUACUGAUUAAUCUUAGGACUGUAAUACGAACCCUCAUCAGUCAAUAAAUGGAUGUGUCAAAUGUUA